AUGGCAGCGCCGAUGGACCAGAGGAUACAAGUUCCGAUCGAUGAUCCCAACGCAGACACCGAGUGGAACGACAUCCUGCGGAAACAUGGCGUCAUCCCAGAGAAGCCGCCCAGUCCGACGCCCAUGAUUGAAGAGGCCAUCGCGGAAGGUCGCAGAUUAGCGCACGAAAACCGACUAGAGGGCAAGGAUCUCGACGAACUUGACGAGCUGGAGGAUGAUGAAGACGAGGCAUUCCUGGAACAAUAUCGUCAGCGCAGGAUGCAGGAGCUCAACGAGCUCACGAAGAAGGCUCUCCACGGCACCGUCUAUCCAAUUUCGAAACCCGAAUACUCGCGUGAGGUGACAGCAGCGUCAAAUAACGGCCCUGUCUUUGUCAACUUGACGUCAUCUCUUGGAACCAACGUUGAGUCCCGGGUGCUGUCGGAACUGUGGAAACAGGCAGCCCAGGAAUAUGGAGAGGUCAAGUUCUGCGAAAUGCGCGCGGACAAGGCCAUCGAGAACUACCCCGAGCGGAACUGCCCGACAAUCCUGGUCUACAAAAACGGCGAUAUUGCCAAGCAAGUCGUAACACUGAUGCAGAUGGGAGGCGUCAAGAUCAACAUGCUCAACAUUGAUAACCUGCUGGUCGAGGUAGGCGCUGUGCCUGCGACGGACAUGCGCGUGGCCAAGCGUCGGAGACAAGCAGAAGAUGAAGAGGAGGAGAGAGCGAUGGGCAAAGGCAUCCGGCAAGGAAAUGUGUCAAACUCUAAAGGUCACGACAGCGACGAUGAUGACUGGGACUGA